GGCUGUGUCAAGUUACAGAGGCGCCGGAAUCGGCCCUAGCACGGCUCACUGCGGCCACGACCCACCUCAGCCCAUGGGGCCCUGCAUGCGCGCCCCUUCGCCUGGGGACUGACACCCGCUCGCCCCGGAGACGCAAGACACCUCGUAGGACCCCGAGAGUCGCACCAACCCAAGGACUCUGCAGAGGCGAGGAGGGAAAGAGCGGGGAGUGGGGCCAGAGCCCCCCAACUUGGAGCAUUCUUCGAAAUAACUUUUUUCCUACUUCAGCGCACCCUGGUCGCGCCUGCUGGUGCUCUUGCCUGUCCCCCACUCCUACUGCUCAUUUUCUGUCCUCCUCGAAGAGUAAAGGAAAGGGACGUUCUCCAGCCACGCUAACCCCGUUUCCCCCUGCCUUGCAGUUUGGAUUGCGCUUCUUGGAUAUCACUUUUAUUUAUUCUAUUUAUUUAUUUAUUGGUUCUUAAGACGCGAGGGGAUGGUGGCGGAGCGCGCCCGCAAAGCGGCAGCCACAGGCACUCGCGGCCCUGGGGAGCUGGGCGCGUCUGGGCCCGGGACGGUGGCGCUGGCGGAGCUGUGCGCGAGGCUGCCGAGCCCCGGGUGCUGCGGACUGCUGGCGCUGGCGCUGUGCUCGCUGGCGCUCAGCCUGCUCGCCCACUUUCGGACCGCCGAGCUGCAGGCCCGGGUGCUGCGCCUGGAAGCGGAGCGCGGGGAGCAGCAAAUGGAGAAAGCUAUUUUGGGACGAGUCAACCAACUGCUGGACGAGAAAUGGAAGUUCUACUCGCGCAGGCGCCGGGAGGCCCCGAAGAUGUCUCCAGGAUGUAACUGCCCACCAGGACCUCCUGGCCCCACGGGAAGACCUGGACUCCCUGGAGACAAGGGUGCCAUCGGGAUGCCUGGACGUGUGGGUGUCAAAGGUCAACCAGGCGAGAAGGGUGCCCCUGGAGAUGCGGGGAUGUCCAUCAUCGGGCCUCGAGGCCCCCCUGGUCAGCCAGGCACUCGAGGCUUCCCUGGAUUUCCGGGUCCCAUUGGUCUUGAUGGCAAGCCGGGCCACCCAGGACCUAAAGGGGAGACGGGCCUGGUGGGUCCCCGAGGACAACCGGGCCCUCAGGGACAAAAGGGAGAAAAGGGUCAGUGUGACGAGUACCCACACCGGGAGCACCCAGGCGGCGUCCUGGCAGCUCUGCGCUCUGACCCGAUAAUUGCCCUAAAGCUGUUGCCUCUCCUCAAUUCAGUGCGGCUGGCUCCACCCCCUGUCAUUAAAAGGCGGACCUUUCAGGGGGAACAAGGCCAGGCUGGCAUCCAAGGCCCUCCAGGGCCACCAGGCCCCCCAGGACCAAGUGGCCCUCUGGGACACCCAGGGCUGCCAGGGCCUAUAGGGCCACCUGGUUUACCUGGGCCUCCUGGAGCAAAGGGAGAUCCAGGGAUCCAGGGUUACCAUGGCCGCAAGGGAGAACGGGGCAUGCCAGGAAUGCCCGGCAAGCAUGGAGUCAAGGGGGCUCCUGGGAUUGCCGUGGCAGGGAUGAAGGGCGAGCCUGGGACUCCAGGAGCCAAGGGAGAAAAAGGUGAUGCAGGCAAUGCCAUUGGAGGAGGCAGGGGGGAGCCUGGCCCCCCAGGGCUCCCUGGGCCCCCUGGGCCAAAGGGAGAAGCUGGUGUGGAUGGCCAGGCUGGACCCCCAGGACAGCAAGGAGACAAGGGGCAGCCAGGAGCAGCUGGGGUGCAGGGACCAGCUGGCCCCAAGGGCGCCAAGGGUGAACCCGGGAAGGGAGAGAUGGUGGAUUACAAUGGAAACAUCAACGAGGCGCUUCAGGAGAUCAGGACACUGGCCUUGAUGGGUCCUCCUGGUCUUCCUGGACAAACAGGCCCACCUGGACCUCCAGGGAGUCCAGGCCAAAGGGGGGAGAUUGGACUGCCAGGCCCUCCAGGACAUGAUGGGGACAAGGGACCUCGAGGAAAACCAGGAGAUAUGGGGCCCGCUGGCCCUCAAGGGCCCCCAGGAAAGGAUGGGCCUCCCGGAAUGAAGGGAGAGACCGGACCCCCAGGGAGCCCUGGGGAGAAAGGGGAGACAGGAGAAGCAGGCCCUCAGGGUCUAGACGGCCCAACUGGGGAGAAAGGAGAACCAGGUGACGAAGGGAGGCCCGGAGCGACAGGAUUACCUGGGCCCAUCGGGCUCCCAGGAUUCACAGGAGAGAAAGGAGAAGCUGGGGAGAAAGGUGACCCAGGAGCAGAGAUUCCGGGGCCACCAGGGCCAGAGGGGCCUCCAGGACCUCCGGGCCUCCAAGGUGUUCCUGGACCAAAGGGAGAAGCAGGCCUAGAUGGCUCCAAAGGAGAGAAGGGUUCCCAAGGAGAAAAAGGAGACCGGGGACCUCUGGGAUUGCCUGGUACUCCAGGACCAAUUGGGGUUCCAGGCCCAGCUGGACCAAAGGGCGAGAGGGGCAGCAAAGGAGACCCAGGGAUGACAGGACCAACGGGAGCAGCAGGGCUUCCUGGUUUACACGGACCACCCGGGGACAAAGGAAACCGGGGGGAGAGGGGGAAGAAAGGCUCUAGAGGGCCUAAGGGGGAUAAAGGGGACCAAGGAGCGCCUGGACUAGACGCCCCCUGCCCGCUGGGAGAAGAUGGCUUACCAGUCCAAGGCUGCUGGAACAAGUGACGCCUCUAACCUCGGAUUGGCCUGUGUGUGUUUGUACAUAGGAUAUUUAUUUUUAUACAGUUUUCACUUUUUGAAAAUGCCCAAAGUAUGAUGCAUCUUACAGAUCAUUGAAAAAGAAAGAGGAAAGCCUGCAUAUUUUGUACAGAAAGCAACCCUUCCCCUUUUGUUUACAAGACGUUUUUGUAUAAAUCUGUUUCUAAUACACUUCCUGUCUGUGAGUCUGCUCCUAAUGUUGCAUGAUAUUUGUGCACACUUAUUAAAUAUCACAGCUUAAUAAGUUAUUGUGUUCCAGCACCAAAGGGGGCCGCCAGCACAGAGGUGCUGCAAGCUUACGUGUGAAUUCACAGAAAUGUGGAGAUACAUGGCGUUUGCCAGACUAGAUACAUCUGACAGUAUUUUACACUUUAACGGACUUUCAUUAUUAAAAAAAUUGA